AUGGAUUUUGAAAGUCAAAAGAAAUCUUCAAGACAUGAAUUUGCCAAACUUCAACAAACUUUUUGUCAAUUGUGUAAAAUACCAAAUGAUACCAAAUUCAAAAUAAAUUGUUUUAUUUGUCAUAGACCAUUUCAUUUAGAGUGUUUAUUAUUCAAAGAAAAGUCUAUUAAUUUUUUUAAAGAAAAAUGCAAUGAAGGAAAAUUUAGAUGUCCUAAAUGUAUAACAUGUGAAAUAUGUAAAGAAAUGAUAGUUGAUCCAGAGUUUAUUGAAUGUUAUAAUUGUUCCUCACCAAUAUGUGGUCCAUGUAUUGAAAAUCAAGGUAAAAAAGUUGAAAAAUUACGGUGUAAAAUAUGUAAAAAUUAUUUUUGCAAAAAAGAUAAUCCACAAAAAUCUUCUAAUGAUGAAGAAAUUGAAGAGGAAAAUUAUUUAAUCAAAAGGAAACUUAGGAGUAGUACAAAUAAAAGUAUAGACAGUAAAAAAAUUUCAAAAGAUAAUAAACAAAGUAUUAUGGAAAAUGAAAAAAUUUUUAAAGAUGAAGUUAAUCAAUACAUUCAAAUUAAAUUAGAUACAAAAACAAUAAAAAACUGUUCUUCCAAAGUAAUGGAGAAAGCUUUAAAAAAAAUUUUUGAUAUGGAAAUAGAAAAUAAAUCAAUGGAUGAAAAUGAUAAAAUUAAAAUUAUGAAAGAAAUAUCUCAUGAAUCAGAUUUUAAAUUAUAUAUAAAUAGUAAAAAAAAAAAUACCCCUAAUUUACAUGAUAAUGAUGGUAAUCCAAAAGUUACUUCAACACUUCAUUAUCAUAAUUUUGUUAUGAAGGGAUUAUUUCCAUCAAAAUAUCCAUAUGAUAUUAAAAGUCAAGAACAUAUAUAUGUAUGUAGAUUUUGUUUAACACCACUUCCAGAAAAAGAAGCAUACAUAGAACAUGAUAAAUUAUGUAGCUGGAAACAUCCACCUGGAAAUGAAAUAUAUAGAGAUGAAAGAGAAAUGAUAUCAAUUUUUGAAGUUGAUGGUAAAAAAAAACCUGAUUAUGCAAGAAGAUUAUGCUGGUUAGCCAGUUUGUUUAUUCCACAUAAAGUUUCAGCUUAUAGUGUAUGGUUUUUUCAAUUUUACAUUCUUACAAAAAUUACAAAAGUAGGUUUUAGUCUUAUUGGAUACUUUUCGAAGGAAAUGAAACCUUCUGGUAAUAAUAAUUUGUCAUGUAUUCUUACUAUGCCACAUUGUAUGGGUCAUGGUUAUGGACAAUUAUUAAUUGAUUUAAGUUAUUCUUUAUCUAAAAGAGAAAAAAAAAUUGGAUCACCAGAACAUCCAUUAUCUGACCAAGGUUUAAUAGCAUACAGAAAAUAUUGGAAAUCAAUUUUAUUAUGUUAUAUAAGACAAAAAUAUAAAGAAAAGGCUUCUUCUAUUUCAUUGAAAGAGUUAAGUUACCAAUCUGCAAUUUUUAUUGAUGAUCUUGUUUCGACAGCCUUAUCUUUAGGUAUUAUUGGAUAUAAUAAAUUUUCAGAAUCUUAUCUUAUCAAUAUGUCUCAAGCAAUUGAUCAACCAUUAAAAGAACUAAGAAGAAAAGUAUUAAAAGAAAAGCUUUUAAUUUGGUCACCUGAAAAUAUACCAACUGUUGAUGGUUGGAGUAGAUAUGAUUGUUGA